AUGGCUCCAGCAAACGGCAGAGAUGGAGCUAAUGCGAUAAAUGCGACGGAUGUCACGCACGGUGGGAACGGGCAGGACGAAAACAUGGAUGAGGGCGAGGAGGCGAACUUACUGGACAACUUGAACGCAACGACUGUGAUAGUAACGGGGGCGAGGAGCCGCGACGACGAAACGAGCGAAGUUGGGAAAGCGAUGGCGGAAUUGGAGGAGUGGAUUGAGAGGAAGGUGGAGGCGAUUUCCGCCCUGGCGGACGCGAUUCGGACGGAAUGGGCGAGCGGCGCGACGGCGCCGUCGCUUAUGGGUACUAAGGCAGGGCGCAAGCGAGCUCGUGUGGCGGAUGGGUCUUCCUCAGAACCGAUGGUGUUGGUAUCGACUGGGGAAACGGGCGCAUCACGCAAAGACGUAGCCCCCUUUUCCACUGCUUCUCCUACUCGUAACAGCAUUUGGCCGCGCUGUCAGCGAACGCGGGAAGCUAUUCAAAAAAGGGUUUCGACGGAAACUUGCCAACCCCUCACUCCCUCUCCACUUUCUCUGUCCCCUGCUUCCCUGUCCCUUGCUUCACCAUCCCCUGCUUCUCCAUCUCCUGCUUACCCGUCCCCUGCUUCCCCAUCUCCUGCUUCCCCGUCCCCUGCUUCCCCGUCCCCUGCUUCCCCGUCCCCUGCUUCCCCAUCUCCUGCUUACCCGUCCCCUGUUUCCCCGUCUCCUGCUUCCCCGUCCCCUGCUUCCCCGUCUCCUACUUCCCCAUCCCCUGCUUCCCCGUCUCCUGCUUCCCCAUCCCCUGCUUCCCUGCCCCCUGUUUCCCCGUCCACUGCUUCCCCAUCCUCUGCUUCCCCGUCUCCUGCUUCCCCGUCCCCUGCUUCCCCAUCCCCUGCUCCCCCGUCUCCUGCUUCCCCGUCCCCUGCUUCCCCAUCCCCUGCUCCCCCGUCUCCUGCUUCCCCCAAGGGAGAGUGGGUAGGAGAAGGGCGAGGGGAGGAGCCGGUGGAGGCAGCAGGAGCACAGCUUGGGGGAGAGGAAGGGCACGUAGCAGAGAGACUGGGCGUGGAAGAGAGGGAUGGUGCGGCAGAGAGGGAUGGUGCGGCAGUCAAUUGUGAAAAUAACGCCGAAGAUGCAGAGGAGGACGCAAUUGAGGAGGGAGUGGGAGACAACUAUGACCUGGUUGAGCCCACCGAUGGUGAAGAGGCAUUCAGGGCGCGGCUGUAUGAGAAGAUCGACGCCUUGCUGCUGCUCAUCCCUGCUGACAAGCAGGUGGUUCAGACACGAGUGAUCAACCGAACGGUCCGCUUUCUCUCUUCCCUGCUGCCCAAGACACAGCAGAGCACAGCUACAGUGCAGCGGAUCGCCCCUGAAACGCAGCAACUCAAUGGCAACCCUGCAGCCGCAGCACCGCAGAUCACCCCUGAAUUACAUGAGAUUACCCUCUCCAAGAGCAACCUCCACUACUUUCUCUCACUGGCUCCCACCUUCCGCCCCACCCUCCUCCCCUUCCUCUCCUCCCUCUCACUCGACCACUGCUCCUCUGUCUCUCCCCGUGACAUUCUUUCCCUCGUCCACCUCCCCUCCCUCACCUCCCUCUCCUUCCUCCAAACCCCCAUCGCUCCAGCUGCCCUAUCCCUCAUCCAGCCCUUCUCUCGCCUCCACCAACUCGUCCUCGACUGCCCCGGGCCCUCAACUCUGGCCUUCAAAACGGCGUCCUGGCAAUUAAAGAGCCUGAAAGUGCUGCACUUGAGCCGGGUGACCAACGCAAUUCUGGAGCAGGUGGGCAUGCUGACGAGCCUCGAGAUUCUCUCCUGCACGUGCUGUGAGGGGGUGACUUUCACGGGAUGGCUUUGCCUCGUCGGGUUGAAACGGCUGAGGCAGCUCCGAAUGGCUCCAGCAGAUCUGGACCGUCAUGGUUUGAAGAUGGAGUAUCCCAAGGGAAGCUUGCCGGUGGUCUCGCGAGCGUUUGCAAGGCCACAGAAGAAGUUUGGGGGCGUUUAUUGGGAGAGAGUUCAAGAACAUUCACGCUUGAAACACUUGGAGGGAUUGCCGAGCCAGGACAAAGACAGUGGGGUGUGGCAUUUGCUGGGCUCGCUGCAAACUCUAAAUCACCUGGAGCUGCAUGCACCACCGCGCUACAAGCACGCCUACACGACACUCGACGCGCUGCACCUUCUCACCACUCUCCGCGUCACCGGGGCUUUUCUUGACGAGGACGCGUUCACACGCGUGACUCGCGUAACGUGGCUCACCCACCUCAGCCUGGCCGGCUGCACGUUCACAACUGACAGCGUGGUGAUGAAAAUAGCAGCUGCCAUGCCGAAGCUCCAGUCCCUGGACCUGUCGGGAACGGCAAUCAGCAAAGAUGACAUCGUGGAACUGAAAGACUUGAAGCAACUGGAGCGUUUGACGCUGCAGCGGUGCCCCUAG